AUGGAUCUGCUGCUCGCCGCCGCGCUGCUGCGGCACGGCGGGCUGUGCUCCGAGGCCGAGAGCGCGGCCUUCCUGCGGGGCCUCGGGGACCUGGGACGUCCCGUCCCCAGACAGCCCACGGGCGCUCUGCCUGGCUGGAUCCCACCCCACAUCUACCCGGAGCUCCUCCUCCUGGAGGAGGUCCCCGCCUUCAGAGGGUUGACGGCCUCUCUCUGCGCCCGCCCCCUCCAGUGGCGGGAGUACCUGCGCCUCCCGUCCUCCGGCGUGGCCGGGCCGGUCCCCUGCCGCUCCCACGCCCACCUGUCGGUGCUGCAGCGGGCGCUGCUGUGGAGGACCGCGGUGCCGGGCUGCCUGGGGGGGCUGGCGGAGGCCGUGGCCGCCUGCUCCCUCUGUCUGCCGGGAGCGACGGGGGGGGGCGGGGCCCCUCGCGCCGUGAACCCCGAGGCCCUACGGCGCCACCUCGCCGAGCACAAAGGGCCCGUUGUUCUGACGACGCCCCGUCACCACGGAGACGACCGGAGUGGCGCCGGGCCGCUUCACUUCAUCAACGCGUUGGCGCGCUGCGCCGCAGGAACCAAGACGGUGGAGGUCGUGUGUGUCGAUGACCUCUGUGACCCGGAGGUCGUCCACUCAAAGCUGCGCCGAGCCGCUGAAGCCGGACGCUGGUUUGUUUUUAACUGCCGCCUGUCGGCUCCCCUCGGUCAGCUGAUCUCCUCCAUGAGAGAGGAGGACGUCCAGCCGGGCUUCAGACUGUGGCUCAUCGCUCAGGAGGACGCGUGGAGCUCCGUCCCCGCGGCGGUGAGAGAGAGCGCUCUUCCGCUCGUCUGCGACCCCCCCUGGGAUCUGAGGGAGGAGCUCGCCGCGUCUCUGGGUCAGCUGACCUCCGUCAUGGAGCGCCGGCCUCCGGCGGGUCGCUCGGCCGGCGAGGCGGAGCCGCUCCUCCGCUGUGCCGUCUUCCACUCGGUGCUGCUGCAGAGGCAGAGAGGAGGAGCCCGGGCAGAGGGGAGGAGCUACAGCUGGAGUCCGGAGGACCUCUCUGCUCUGCUGGAGGCUCACCGCCACGUCGCCGCUCUGUGCCACGACAGCGCCGAGGCUCUGUGCUACAUCGCAGUCAACCUGGUGCACGGCGGCCAUGUUCUGGACUUCGCCGACCUGGAGGAGGUGGACUGCGCUGCCAAGACGUACCUCAGCGGAUCGUCUCCUCUGUGCGCCGGUGGACCGGACGUGCUCUCCGAUCCGUCGGCGCUGCUGCAGGCGUUGGAGCGGAGUCUGGCCGGCCCGUCGGGCCUCGGGGACCCGCGCCUGCUGGGCUUCGGUGCAGACGAAGUCGCUGAGAUGAUCCAGAUCAACAGCCGCAAUCUGAGCGAACUGCUUCGGGCUUCCCAGACUCCUCCGGGAGCAGCGAGGAGCCCGCGCACGCGCCCCCGUGAGGCCGCCGCUCUGCCGGCCUUGGGCGACGCGUCAGAGAGACUUCAGGUUCUGAAGGACCGCCUCCAAGCGGCAUCGGGACCGGCAGCGGCUCCUCACGCUCUGCUGCUGGCGUUCCUCCAGGCGGAGAGCGAGCAUCUCCUCCGCGAGGCCUCCUCGCUCCUCCGGCGGCUGCGGCGUCGCAUCCGACUCGGCGGCGUUUCUUCCGACCCUCUCCUCCAGCUCGCCGACCUGCCCCGGCUGGAGAGGAGGGCGGAGCUUCUCGCCGCCUACCUGGGGGGCCGCGGCGCCUCGGAUCCUCCUGGCGCGUACCGGCUCUCCGCCUUCAGGAACGGCAGAGGCCUCCUGGUGGCGUUGAUGAGAGAGGCGGCGCGAUCCAACCUUCGACACGUCGGUGACGUAGCUCUCCACGCCGAGGUCCUGAGCCACGGCGCCUUCCUGGCUCCGCCUCCUCCGUACACCGUGUACUUGUGCGGCCUGCGACUAAGAGGUGCAUCGUGGGACUCGCUGCAGGGGGCCCUGCGGGACGAAGCCCCCCCCCCCGCGGCGCCACACUGGCUGCCCAUCGUCCGCCUCGAGGCUCGGGUCAGAGGCCCAGACGCUGCAGACAGACGGGGCGAGCGUUUCAUCCCCCUCAUCGGCCCUUCCUCGCCGUCGCCGCUCUAUCGCUGCCCAAUCUACGCCCGGGAACAGCCGGAGGGCGGAGUCGAUGACAUCAUCGCCACGUUGCCCCUCCCCACCGGCAUGAGUCCCGCGCUGUGCGGUUUGAGGCGGGUGGCGCUCACGAGCGCGCUCUGAGUCACAUGAUGGAAGUCAGGAAGUCACUUCAUGUCAUCAACUGUUCCACACGAUGACGUCAUUAAAGUGUCCAUCCUCAGUGGGCUCAAGGUUCCUCACUGAAGUGUCCUUUGUUGUAGGAAAGGUGCUUCAGUGCUUCCUCUGUUAGCUCCUUUAGCAACUUCCAUUGGAGGCAAAGGAAAGGAGAUAAUGCCGACCCACAAUUCUUUGCUGUGGCAACAUUUAGUUUUCCUAACGCUUCAUGAUUUGUCCUUCACGUCUCUCCUUGACCUCGUGACUUUUUGGAUUGAGGUCAAGGAGAAGUGGUUAGGAAAGGACGUGCUCUCAGUCUGGAGUGUUUUUGUUGAAACAGAAGCUUGUGUUCUAUUGUUUGUGUAUUAAAUGAAUGAAAACUGUGA